AUGGCUAAAAUCUCUAAACAUUUCGUUUUCUUGUGCCUAAUUCUUAUGGUUCUCUGCGCAUUUGUUUCAGCAGAAGAAGAAAUAAAGGAUGAGAAAAAGGAUGAGAAAUGUUGUCAAGAGAAAGAGGACUGUUGUUUUUGUCCAACGGGUUUGGAGGCUGUUUCUACUGGUGAUUGGAAAGCGUGUCCUCUAGAUGCCAAGACAUGUGGGGACUGCGAAGGAGGGUUAAAUAAGGUUGAUAUGCGAUGGGUUUGGGACAAGGUUUAUUGUAAAUGGGUCCAAGAAUGCAGAUGUGUAUGUUGUUGUGAAAAAGAUAAGUAA